AAAAAAGUAUUCUCUGUGCUGAGGGUGGAGACUUCAACCAGAAGAUGGACUCAAUUUCGAAAUUGGAGAGCCUCAGCCGAGAUUGCCAAGCUCACACGAUCUCGUAGUGCAGCCAGCAGAUCCUCUUAACAUUUCCAUCCAGAGCUUUCACAGUGCUGAGUUCCAAGCUACGGCCAAACAGAAUGUGCGUGAGGCCAUUCUCAGAGCUGCUAGCGAAGCCAACUGUUCUUUGCCACAGAGCAUGCCUAGCAGCACCUUCUCACACCAUGUGGUUUCUACAACUGAAGAUAUAGUGAAUAUGAUCAUGCAAGACCUUGAAAGUCUAUCCCAGUACACAGUGGAGGAUGCAGACUCCUUCCCACUAGGAGAGAAAAAGCUGCAGUCCCAGCUCAAUCCCAGAGUUGUCUUUGACACCUUAUUGGAUGCUGCUCAAACCAUGUACCACAGAGUAAAGGAUAGACUGAACAUAUUUUUGUCUUUUCCACCCGUGUCAGUCACCACAGCCAAAGAUGUGCUGGACUCCACCCCUGUGGAGACACUCAGAUGCUCAAAGUCCCCUGACACUGCUCUUGUUAAGGACAGGAGCCGCCCCCCGUCUGUGAGAAGUGAGAAGCCAUUUUCAAAAGUCAGUUUGACUAAAAGGUCUAAAGCCCUUGUGUCUUCGAGUGGCUCCUCCACAGACCACCAUGUAAUUGACACAUGCAGUGAGGAUGUCACUCUGCCCCCUAGGAGUAUGUCAGUUGUGAGCGACACCAGUUUGAAGAGAGCCUCUCCUCUCCAUGGUAGUGGAUUGAGUGAAAGUUGUGAACCUCUUGUGGCUCUACAAGACGGAACAGUGGCAGUCAGCCAAGAAGGCUUGAGCAAAACUGCAAAGAAGACGCUCAGCUUGAUCCUAAAUGUGAUCAAGUGCAGAUUGGCCAACUCUGAGAGUUCAUCUGUUGGGCAGAAUGCAAGUGAGGAGUGUCUGAUAGCCACUAACAUGUUAGACUCUCUACUGGAGAGCCUUGACAUGUUGCCUGACAUGAGUGCUGCCAAUGAGAUCACAAGAACAGAAUGCCAUACCUCUAACGCAAUGGACAAGACAGGUUCACAGUCAGCGCUUGUGAAUCAACAAGAAAUAAACAUAUCUGACACCAGUAUCAUAGUGAAAACUAUAAUGGAUACAUUGAAGACAGACGACCCAGAGAUGACUUCAGCAGAAGAAAAUCUGGAUAGGCUCCUGUCAAUUGAAGCCCUUCAAGAUGCGUCUGGCAACCUGAUCGCAAAGGUCCAUGGUCUCAUUCAGGAGAUAACCAUAAGCCGCCAGCUUCAAUCCACGACUGGCCACAGAAGCCUCUCUCAACCAGCGCUGCCAAAGCCAGCACUGAGGAAGCUGUCAAAGGACGAUGCGUCAGAGCUCGUUUACAGCUUUGCCCAGACUUCUGUUAGCAGACUCCUGGGACAGUGUUUGGGUAGGCCUAUGCCACCCACCGCUGACAGGGUUUUGGAUCAGGUCAUCAAGUUGAUGACAGACAUGGUGAUGGACAGCCUGACUGAUCUGUCCAAGUCUGCAAUGGAGGAUGACACCAGCAAUGCCGCAAGUGACAUCACUCAUUGUGUUGUGGCUGACCUUAAUGCCACUGAGGAAUUCCCUGCCAGGGGCCUUAGCCCGGCUGAUGUAAAGGCUGAUGGCAUGGCCCACCUUCCCUCUGCCAGGGGGGAAGAGACUAAGAAGAACAGGAAGUGGCAUUUCCUACACAAAAUUGUCAAGAUUCCAAAGAUCAGGAUUAAGCUGUUCAAGACAAAAGGGGAACCGAAGAGCCACCCUGAACAGGAUUCUCUACCUACCAAACGUCUCAGAGAGACUCGUAUUUCACAGGAUGCUGAGUGUGAAGUUCCAUCCACUUCCCCACCCAAGGAGGCCCUGACAACCACACUGGCCCCUGCUCCCCAGGAGUCCCAGUCCCGUAAACACCCUCUCAUAGUCAGGGUUGUUGCAUCCCCACACCUACCAGUGAAGCACCACAGGCUAGUAUGAGCGGUAGCUCUGGGUUGUUGUGAACUAACACCUGGCUACCAAGUAGAUGUGCUUUUCAGGAUGCCAAGACACACAGGCUUUUCUGGGAC